AUGUCCGGAGUGCUGCUUCGGUGGUGUCUGAAGUCGAAAUAUGCGAACACAUCACGUUUUAUUUCACUAGUUUCAAAUGUACGUGCUUAUUUCCAACUUAUCUUGAAAUGUUCUGAUUUGAAUUCUUCUCCCUCUCUACAGAAAUGUAUACAGAAGCGUAACAUACUUUUCAAAAUGGUUAACGAAACCCCACCCAGGAUAGUUGGAUACUACGUUGUAUUCCCUCAUAUUCCUGAUGAAACGGUGGAGAACAAUCGUUUCAUGUACAACAUUGCAAAGGGUGAAGAUUGGCCGACACUGGCUACUGCAUCCCCUAAAGAAAUGUAUGAGGGAACAGUACGAAUGCUGAUGGAGUACGGUGCAACUUGCAUGGAACAUCUUGAGCUUCUGAGCAAACUGCCUGCCGAAGAACGCACUUUCGAAACGGUAGUCGAACCCCUUCUAACUGAAGAAUAUGAUGUGGAUUAUGCUCUGCAGACGCUUCUGCUCAAAAUGCUCACAGAUUGGCCAGAUAGUGAUCGGAAGCUUUUUGAUGCCGAUCUUCAUCACAUCAAAAUUAUGAGCGCCCGUGACCAUAUGGAGAAGCUAUCCAAUGCCGAUUUCCAAGACGCGAUUAAGCAACUGUAUGAUGCCAAAGAAGGAUUAACAGAAUGGCAGCUACGACUUCUUGAGUGGUACUUGCUUGAGAUUCGUGCUAGUGGAAUGGACAGAAGAGAUGACAAAACUCGGAAGUUGAUAGGAUCAUGGAGCAGAUUUAUCGAUGAGUACCGCAGCAAAUACAUUUCAAAUGUCAUGGCCACCAACGACCAGCAUGUCUUUACCAUAACCGACAAGGCCAUGUUGAAAGAUGCUCCACCUCACGUUUUACAGACACUUGCUGCAGAUCCAACGCAAUGGGAACAAGGACCUUGGCGCGGUCGUAUGACCCCACAUUCCAUUUAUCCGUUCUUGGAGUACUGUGGGAGUCGUCAGUUGAGAGCAGAAGCUUGGGAAAGAUGGAUCAGCAAGGCAUCAUUUGAUCACGAUUUCUACAAUAACUCUAUAAAUAUUGAAGAGCUCAGACAUAACAAAUUGAAUGUUGAUUUCAGUGAAGGCCUGGCAAAAACAUUGGGAUAUUCAUCAACUUCUGAACAUCGACUUGCGAACAAAAUGGCCGCGUCACCCGAAACUGUCCGGAACUUUCUGAAUGCGUUGACUCGCCGAAUUCGUCCAGUAUUCAUUGAUCGCAUGGAGUCAUGGACAGCUUUUGCUCAGGCUAAAGAGCUCAUGUCCAGCAAUUUACAAGCUCAUGAUCUUGCAUACAUCUGUAGAAAAGAGGCUGAGCACCACUAUGAUGUCGAUCCGUUGGAUUUGAUGAAUCACUUCCCAUUCUGGCCAACUUUCCUCAAUCUGACGAAAAUAAUGGGACAAAUUUUCGGACUAGAAUUUCAUGAUAUAUCUGACAGUGGUCUUGAGCGCGCUCAUCCUGAUGCACGAAUUUUCUCUGUAGAUGAUGUGACAACGGGAGAGCACCUUGGGAGGCUUUAUAUUGAUCCAUUCGAUAGAGAGUCGAAGCGGGGAACAUGGAAUGUCAUGCUCGGAAGAAUGGAUUCGCAAGUUCGUGGUCUUGACAAGAUAGUUUAUCUUGUGGGAUCAGCCAUCGCACCUACGGAAAGUUCACCAUCACUCCUUCACCAUCACCAACUUGAACAGCUGCUGUUCCAUGUUGGCCGGUCCGUUCAAAUGUUACUCUCACGAGCUCCAUAUCGAGAUAUUGCCAUCCCAUGGGCACCAUUUUAUGCAAGCGAUUGGGAUGCUGCGGAUGCAUUUCCGGCAUUCUUACAAUUCUUCAUGUAUAAACCAACUUUGCUGCAAUCUCUCAGUUCACCUCAUAUCGUAAACGGAUCCACAGUGUCUGAUGAAUAUGCUAAUAAUAUAUGCCUGGCUUUGUCACGUUCAACUCUUUGGGAGUCCUAUAGAUCAUUGUUCUGGGCUGAUUACGAUCUCACCAUAUUCGAAAUGGAGGAUAGAAAGCAGAAAUUCUGGUUGGAUUUGUAUCGCGAAAUGUCCAAAGAGUAUUUCCCUUUCAAAGCCGGAAGAAAUGAUUAUCACCCGUGCUCGUUCAUACCCAUAUUUGGUCUUCAACCAUACAUGGGGAUGUAUUAUAGAAAGUUAUGGACGGAGAUGCUCGCAUUAGAUAUUCACGAAACAUUUGACUUCGAAGAUGACGUCGCAAAAACUGGUGAGCGACUGAAAGCUACUAUGCUUUCACGGGGAUCGGGCGAUGUAGCUAAAGAGCUCUAUCGGCGGUUUCAGGGCCGGGAUCCUAGCGUUGGCGCUAUAUGUGACUUUUAUGACCCUCCAUCUUUCUACCACCUAAACGUUGAAGAAGCUAGUCAAGUAAAUUAUAUCGAAAGCGCAGACUUGAGGCUGACCGCUGAAUCCGCUCGCUCAUUACCCUUCUCGACUGCAAGAGAUUGCCUACCCGGUGAGAACCCACUCGAGAUUCCUGGAAGCGUUAAUGUUGUGAUGUAUAACGGUACGGUUGGAGUUUUAGUGGGUAUGUCCAAUGCUACGGGAACUACAACUGGAGGUGAUUCGAAGGCUCCUGAGACGACAGUCGUCACAGAAGUGCCCCCCAGUUUACAUAGAGUACUAUUGUUAAUGGUGAAGAACUUCUUUUCAAAGGAACACUAUCUAGUCGUUUACUACAUAAUGAGGGCAGUAUGCAUUCGAGAGGAGAAUCUGAGAAGUCGACUCAACUUUGACCAAAAACAGUUGAGGCAGCUUCUUGCUGGGCUGAAGAAUGAGAAGCUGGUGAAGGAUCGUCUGCUUCAACAAAAGAAUGAAACCGGAAGGAAUGUCUCGAUCAUAUUCUAUUUCAUCAACUAUCGUGCUAUUAUCAACGUCCUCAAAUACAAAAUUGAUCAUAUGAGGCAAAUGUUGGAAGCUAGGGAGAAGAAUGAACUGCAAAAGGCAAAUUAUAAGUGUGACCAAUGCGGUGCUCAGUACGAGGAUAUGGACAUUGAUCGAAUAUUUGAUCCACAAACAGGGACUCUAAAGUGUUGGCGGUGUCAAGGUGAAGUAACGCAAGAUAUCACAGGAGGACCAACACAGGUCACGAGGACGCUUCUAGCUCGGUUCAAUGAACAAAUGCUACCACUCUUCGCUGCCAUUCGGGAGUUAGCUGGUGUUCAACUAGCACCGCAUCUUCUGGAACCGGACAUAAAUCAAUAUUUGGCCGAGGAAGACAAAACCGCGGAGACUAAUCAACAACUCGUAGACUUUUCGUCGUCAGCUGGAGGCCCACGUGUACAGCUCGGUGGUACAGCACACUCAUAUCAGACCGGCCCGUCAAUUAAAUAUGCCAAUGCCGAUCAGAUUACGGUAGACUUGAACGCUGAUACGAACAGCAAACCUGUCGAGGAAGCAAAAGUGGUUCCCACAUGGCUUCAAGAUGAUGCUAUUGGUGGUGGCGAACAAAACGUGACAGAUGAAGUACUAGGAGCGGGAACUGAUAGCAACGAUGCUGUACCUCAUGUUGCAUCGUCGGUGUCCUUGAGCUUAAUGGCGGAACUAGAAAAUAUUGAAGAACCUCCACAGAAGCGGCCACGUUCUGACGAGGACCAAAACGGAGUCGCUAAUGAUGGACUUGGAGCUGAUGAUGAGGAUGAGGAAGACGACGAGGAAGAGGAGAUGAUUUCUGUUGCCGGAAAACUGGUUCCCUUGAGCGAAGUCACAUCGGAAAUGGUGGCUGAAAUGACGGAGGAAGAACGCGAUCGGUAUACGGCUAUUAUGCAAGAGAAUUUGUAUUAUUAG